GGAGGAGAGUGCAGCAGGAGGAGAGAGUGCAGGAGAGGGUGCAGCAGGAGGAGAGAGUGCAGCAUCAUCAUCAUCAUCAGCAGGAGUAGUAGUAGAGAGUGAUGUGUGACGAGAGAGUGAUGGGUGACGAGGCGGUGAUGUGUGACGAGGCGGCGAUGGGUGUCGCCGCGUGCCCCGUGCCGCCCCGGGACCAGUGCGGCUACUGGGGCUGCUACUGCGAGGAAAACGUCUGGAAGUUGAUCGAGCACGCCCGUGGGCGGAGGCGGACGCUGCGGGGGCUCUAUGCCGUCUUCAUAUCCAACGACGCGAGGACGGUGCCCUUGUGGAAACAGAAGUGCAAGCAAGGCACGGAUGAACCGGUGCUCUGGGACUACCACGUGCUGCUACUGCUGCAGCACGCCGAAGAUGGCAGCAGCAACAGCAGCAGCAACAGCAGCAACAGCAGCAGCUUCGUGUACGACCUGGACUCCACGCUGCCGUUCCCAUGCACCCUCGACUCCUAUGCCGCACAGGCCCUGCGCCCGGACCGCGACCUCAAGCGUCGCUACCGCAGGAGGCUGCGAGUGGUGCCUGCCGACACGUUCAUGAGGACGUUCGCGUCGGACCGCUCGCACAUGCAGGACGAGCUGGGCCAGUGGAGGGCGCCACCCCCACCACACCCGUGCAUCCGCACCGAAGGCUGCGUCAUGAACCUAGACGACUUCGUGAGCAUGGACCCAGCCGUCGGCUGCGGGGAAGUCCUCGCGCUGGAGGACUUCGUGGAGAGGUUUCGGAAGCCAGCGCCGUCACCACUGCCGAGUUCGGAGCCCCGUUGACGAAGCUCCGAACUCGGCCGCGGCGCCGAAUCCGCCGGUCGCUCCCCACCCCCCCCCCCCCCCUUCCGCUAGCGACCUCCUGUACACCAGGCGAGGUAGUUAACAUCUCGCCUGCCGCACGUACCCGGCGGAGACGCCCCGAGUUCGGUUCCCCGCUCACGGCGGAUAAUUUUAAGCGGUCCCCGGGGCCUCCCUCCUGGGUCGACUCGGCCUCGAAUGAGUGUGGUGGACAUCGCCACUGGGGAGACAAAGGUGGCGCGUGCCGUGGUGCUGGCCACCCACCCCCACCCCCCUCGUGGCCACGGUGACGGCCCUCAUAGGCGCUGCUACUCGCCGCUUAACAGCACUCGGCCCAGCAGUCUGUUGAAGGCUAUACGGGGGGGGGUGGGGGAUCGUUGCCUUUUGUGUGCGGGAAUGUGCGCACGAGAUGGAGUUCUCAAAGAGCAAGUGAAUAAAUGGAACAAGUUCACGGUU